UGUGCAGUCAGAGAAUGAAUGUGUACGGCUAACCGGCUGGUAGCUUCGGCAAUGUUGUCAAUAUCAGAAUGAUAUCGCAGCGGGACAGAGGAGAACUUGCUCGGUUUUAUACUGUUACAGAUCCCAAGAAGCACCAGAAAGGCUACACUGUGUACAAAGUCACUGCAAGGAUAAUCUCCAGGAAGAACCCAGAGGAUGUCCAAGAGAUAACUGUGUGGAAGAGAUACAGUGAUUUCCGGAAACUCCAUCAGAAUCUCUGGCAGCUGCACAAGAAUGCAUGUGGCCAAUCAGAGCUGUUUCCUCCCUUUGCUAAGGCCAAGGUCUUUGGUCGUUUUGAUGACUCGGUGAUUGAGGAAAGAAGACAGUGCUCUGAGGAUCUCCUGCAGUUCUCAGCUAAUAUCCCUGCUCUUUACAAUAGCCAGCAUAUCCAAGAUUUCUUCAAGGGUGGUGAGGUCCACGACGGCUCAGAGCUCAUUGGACCAGCGGAGCCCUUUUCUGAGUUCCUGGCUGACACUCUGUCAGACUGUAGCUCUGAUGUUCAGAGAGAUAUCAGUGGGGCAGAAGAUUUGACUCUCACAUCAGAGUAUGGAGGCCCAUCCAGUGACAGCGACUUGACCUCCCUUGCGGUGGACACAGACUCUUUGGCUGAGUUGGAUGAUGGCAUGGCCUCAGGUCACACCUCCCCAAACCAGCCACAAGGGGGAGCCACCAACAUUAGCAGCAGCUGCAGCCCUCGCUUGCCCUCCCUGCAUGUACGUCGCACUCCAUCACCUGCCCCGGUCCCUGCCUCCUCAGCCCCUAACCCAGAGGUCAGCUGGCCAGGUCGAGCACCGCUCUUCCCCAGCAGUCUGAAAAAAUCCACUGGCGGCAACCUUAAGGACGUCAGUUCAGACUACUUGGACAAAGCCAGUGAGCUCAUUUGUUUUGCUGUCCAAAAGGAGAAGGAACAGGACUACCAGGCAGCUUUUUCAUACUAUCGCAGUGGAGUUGACUUGCUGCUGCAAGGCGUGCAAGGUGAGCCAAGUGCUACACGGCGAGAGGCCGUGAAAAAGAAGACUGCCGAAUAUCUGAUGCGUGCAGAGCAAAUAUCUAGUCAGUAUCUGAGAAGCGACAUGGGUCAAGGGUCAACACAAACAGUGGCUUUUGGGGUACAGUGCUGCUCUUCUUUGAACAGAGGAGGGCAGCAGAGUCCAUCUGAGGAGCUGAGAGCUUACAGGGUGUUAGGGGUCAUAGAUAAGGUUCUUCUGGUCAUGGACAAGAGAACACAAGAGACUUUCAUCCUGAAAGGUUUGAGGAAAAGCAGUGACUGUGGGCGGACGAAGACGAACGUCAUGCCUCACUCUGUGCCCCACAUGGUGCAGCUGAGAAAGUUUGUUGUCUCCGAAGACACAGUUUUUCUUCUGCUGCAGUAUGCCGAAGGUGGGAAACUGUGGUCUCACAUUGGAAAGUACAUGCAUAACUCCAGCCCAGAGGACAGCUUUGACAUCCCUUUCAUCCAGAAGAGCCACACAGCCGCGGUGCGCUCUCCUCAACAUACCAUGCCACAGCUGGAUGUAGAUUCAGCCAGCUGUGGUUCGGUGCCUGUUGCUGAUUCAGAGUCUGUCUCUGGGCUACAGAAGGAACCCGAGAGCCUCUUUUCUCCUCUUAAAAGCGUUCUUCCUCCCAGGCUUGUGGAGCAAACUGACUCUGGAGCCACUUCUGAAGAAGAGUGCACCAACAGCUAUUUGACCCUUUGCAAUGAGUACGAACAGGAGAAGGUAGAACCGGAUGCACUGCAGGAGGAGGAAGAGAAGAGCGAGCAGGAAAUGCUGUCAUUAGAGGUACCUAAUGCAACGACCACCACAUCGUCACGUAGCCGCUCACUUCUCAGCAAUGAAAGCCUUUCUUCACCAAUCAGUUCUCAGGAGCUUGGCUUCUUCAGUGAGUUGUCUGAUAAAAGCGGUAAUGCCCAAGACAGCGAUCAAAACCGUGGGGAGGGACAGGAUCACAAUGAAGUCUUUAGUCCUUUACGCUCCCCCGCUGUGCCUCUGUCUUUGGAUGAGUCCAAGAACACGCCAAUGGAGUUUUUUCGUAUCGAUAGCAAAGACAGUGCAAGCGAGGUGAUGUGCCUUGAACUAGGAGAGCAGCGUCCCUCUCAUAAACAAGUCCCUUUCUUUUCUACGUCCGACCUGGACUCGGGUGUAACUGAGGAUCUUCCAGAGCUGGCUCAGGAGGUCAAAGGUCCUGGGUUGGAUCUUUGGGGUUUGGACUGUAGUGAUAAAGCCUCCAAUGAGUCAGUGCCAGUGAUCUCAUUUAAAGAAGCAGUAGUGGAGGAUGAGGGGCAUCCACCAGAUCUUUUGGUGAACCUCCCUGUAGUGAGCGGGACUGCAGACUGUUUACAGGAAGAAUUGGAGACUUCAGGAGUGUGUCUGGGCCUCGAGGUCACGGCCUCUCCUCAAAAGUUCAUCCAGCCUGAUGUCCUACAGCUUCAUACUCAGCCUGAGGAAGAGGAGGAACAGCCACUGGAGCAGGACCUUUCAUCUUUAUGUACAGCCUCUGCAACUUGUGACACGAGUGUUGCAUCUCCAUCUCCAUUCAACUCGCUUUUGGAUGACUACAGUCUGGCAUUGGGACAAGAGGCUUCUGACAAAAUGUUUAUCCACCCUGAACGCCAAAAUAAUGACCUCCCUCUUGACACAGGCAUUCCAGACACUGACUCUCAUAGUGAGAAACUAGAGCCCAGUGCAAGAGUAAACACAGACUUGGUUCCAAACAGCACAGGCUCUGACACGGCCACAAAUGGCACAGAGGCCUGUGGAGCGGUUGAGAAUUUAUUAGGACUUGAUGACGAAUCAUCAAGAGUUAUUAGUAAUACAGGUGGUAGCGAAUUUGAUAAAGAAGUAUCCCGGCUGUUUGCCGAGCUGGACAAGCUGUCGUUGGCUGCUUCCCAAGCUCGUAUCCCGGAGGAGUUUGUACGAUGCUGGGCAGUAGAGAUGGUGACAGCCUUGGAUUCUCUGCACCAAGAAGGGAUCAUCUGCCGGGACCUAAAUCCCAAUAACAUCCUGCUUGACCACCAAGGUCACGUUCAGCUUACCUACUUCUGCAGCUGGAGUGAUGUGGAGGAAUCCUGUGACAAAGAGGCCAUUGCCAAUAUGUACUGUGCACCAGAGGUGGGAGGUAUUGGUGAGGAGACGGCAUCGUGUGAUUGGUGGAGUUUGGGCGCCAUCCUGUUUGAACUCCUGACAGGCAUGUCUCUGCUGCGCUGCCAUCCAGCGGGAAUCGGUCGUCACACAGCGCUCAACAUCCCCGAGUCUGUUUCGGAUGAGGCCAGAUCUCUGCUAGAGCAGCUGCUCCAGUACAACCCGACAGAGAGACUGGGGGCAGGUGUGGGAGGUGUGGACGAUAUCAAAUCCCACCCCUUCUUUGCCACAGUGGAGUGGCCCCAAUAGACUCACCGCAUUGUGGAAAGCAGAGUCACUUGUCGUUAAAAAAAAAACUGGCUGUUCUCAGUUAACUUCCUUCUGACUGAACACACAAAUACAGUAAACUGAACUUUGACCCCCUUUUUUUCCUCUCACUACAGCCACGCAGCCCCCAUGUCUGAGUUUUGCCAAGUGGGAGUUUGCUCAGUGCUCAUUUCUUUAUCUCAUUUACUGUGUAAUGUUUGGUGCAGGGAACACUUAACACGUGUGGUGCAAUAAUUUAUGCAGUAAGUGUUUGUACAGAGCGAUGAUCACUGCAACACUGUUGCAUUUCCACUCUGCGCAUAGUAGCUGUAAGCCAAAAUGAUCUAACUGAGAGUGAGAGGUGACAUUUCUGUUCCCUCAUUAACUACUGUAAGUUAUUCAGUCACUUGAGUGAGCUUUCUUAAAGACCCAUGUGCAAUACGCUCGGUUUGUUUCCAUAGACGACACUUACAUCAUUCCUCAUGGAGCCCACUGAGAUUAGCUGACAUGAGGCUGUGUGUUGUAUAAUAUCUGAUUACCUACUUUUUUGUGCCAGCGUGCGAGUGUGUGUGUGUGUGUGUGUGUGUGUGUGUGUGUGUGUGUGUGUGUGUGUGUGUGUGUGCGUGUGUGUGUGCGUGUGUGUGUGCGUGAAAUCCUUUUAUUGAAGACCAGCCCAAGAACAGUAAAUGUAAAAUAGACUGACACUAUGCAAGGCGAAUGAACAAAAUAGUUAAGUGAUAUGAGUUGAGUGGUACUGUUAUAUGGAGAAUUUAGUUACCAUGAGAUUAAAUUAUUUGAUAGACUCUAACUCUGUAAGGGCCGGUUCGCUUGAGCCUCCUCCCUGUGUGGUCAGUAACGCUUUCAGUGAAGAAUAAAAAAGGGUGAGGCGUGAGCUACACAUUUAAAACCAGCCCUUUUGCAGAAGGUUGUUUUUAUGAUUAUCAGAGAAAAUUCUCUCUGUACUGUACAACACUGCAUUUUGUGCAUGUAGGAUUAGGAUAUUUAAUACUAUAAAAAAUAUAUAUAAAUAAUGCGUAUCAUGUAAAUAUACAUUUUUAAGGAUCCUCUGAUAAACAAAAGGACACCAGGUGUCAAAGUUGUGAUUACGUUCAACCUGUCAGUCAUUGUGUGCGUUUUGUGGUUGAGCAACACGUCUACUAACUUGCCGCAGAUACGUUAGCGCUGCCUACUUUGACAGGUUUACAUUUUUAUGGUCACAUGCCAUGUAUCAGAUAUAACCAUACAAGGCUUUAUUAGAGCAUUUUCGAUACAUUUGUCUAAUCAAUAUUCGGAUAAUCACUCAGCUGUUAGAUGCUGCACUCUGUUUUUGCAGUAUUCAUGCAUCUAUUAACCAUUUUGAUGAGACAUAAACAUAAAUGUGACAUGAUUUUUUUUUUUUUUUUUUCUUUUUUCUAGUGCUCACUCUUGUCUGUGGUCAGUGUCGUAUCAGUGCACUCUGGAAAACAAUAAACAUACCUGGAUGAGCA